AAUUAUCUAUCAAAACAAAAGUCAAACCCCAAUUCUAAGCUCCCAAAUUUUCAGAGCGAACACAAAACUCCCUCAACUUUCACUAUUUUUUCUUCAUCAACAAAAUUUGAUUAUGGAAAUACAGUGGCUUCUGGUAUUUCAUGGACUGACGACACUCCUCAUUGUAAUCUCAUUUCUGUUCGGUCAAUGGCCAAUCUUUCAAGGCACUCCUAUCGAACGCAUCCAUUACUUCCUCACCUUCGGUGGCUACGAUUAUUUCCUUCGGUUUGUUGGUGCGGUUUGUGGAAGUAAAGGGACGAAUUCUGUUCUCUCUAUUGAGCAUUAUUGCUGUGAUCGCCCUAACCCUACUUUACAGAUCAUAUAUGUGGCAAUAAUUGGAUUUACCUAUUACUUCAUUGCAACAUCAUCCUUUAGCUAUAUUCCUGGGUAUUAUAUAAGUGGAGUUCACCGGUACAUAAGCAUAUUGGCCAUCAUUGUUGGUGUUGUACUCUUCCUGCUGACUAGCUUUUCUGAUCCGGGCAUUGUUAAUUCCAAUAAUGUUUCAGCAUAUCUUGCUGCUUAUCCAUAUGAUAAUAUCAUAUUCACAGAGAAAGAGUGUUCGACUUGUGAUUUUCAAAAACCUGCUAGGUCCAAGCAUUGUGGUAUAUGCAAUCGUUGUGUUGCACGCUUUGAUCAUCAUUGUGGGUGGAUGAAUAACUGUAUAGGGGAGAAAAAUACCCGUUACUUCAUGGCUUUUCUUUUAUGGCAUUUCCUUCUUUGUGUAUAUGGAACAAUUGCUCUAGGUUUGAUUCUUGCAGGACGACUGAAAGAAUUAAGGGUUAUAUACAUCCUCACAGUUUACUAUGGCAUUGAAAAUUCUUUUCGUACUUUAGCUCCACAUGUUGUACAGUGGCUCUUGGGCUCAUAUAACACUCAAAUACUUCUUAUGGUGUUUCUUGCCGUAGUUUCUCUCUUGUUGGCUGGAUUUUUUGGAUACCAUGCCAAACUGUGUCUCACAAACACCACAACAAAUGAGACAUUCAAGUGGCAAGAGUACAUUAUUUGGCAAAAGAAGCUAAUUGAAGCAAAGACUAGUGCAGCAGCACUUAAAGCAAGUAUCAGUGGGUUGAGCAGCAAAGCAAAGCGUCCAGAGAGCAAAUGUACAGACAUUUUUCGGAGAUCUCCCCUUGAAGAUUCGGAGGAGGUUGUCAAAAGAAACAUGUAUGACAAGGGAAUCUUUCACAAUCUUGGUGAGAUAAUAUUUCCACUCUCAUCAAGAUCAUCAUUUUUGAUAAAGAAAUCAAAGUCUGGCUGAGAUAGCUUUAGUUAAGUUCUUUUAACAUUGUAUUGUCGGCAACAGAGAUUUCCGUCUCGCUGCCAGGGUUUUGAUUGGGCUAUCUCCUUUCAUCCUCUUUCAGGCUCAUAGUGUUAGGGAAUCAUAGUGCAUAACAUAGCCUAUAAUUGAAGGAAAUGAAAUGUAAAUUGUAUAAAAUUUCAAUAGAACAAUGAAGAAAUUACUCUUGAUUA